GCCUUUCCGGCCGCGCCAGCCCGCCAUCGGAUUCCACCGCCAGAAGAAGGCUGAUUCGGUGCUCGGGAUGUCGGAGAGCGGCUCGGCGUCGGCCGUUGUGAAGCAGUACCUGUACAUGCUCGCUCAGAUUGCGUCGCACGAGCGGUGGCUUCGCUGCCUCGCCGCCUGCGAGCAGCUGGAUGCUGAGAUGGACGACCCGAACGGCGUCAAACAUCGGGAGGCGACACGCUUCAUCGCCGUCUCUCAGUUCGCCUCGGGAGCGUGGCUCGACCUCUGCCCCGACGGCCGGCACUCCUCCAAAAUCACCUCGGAGGUUUUUGCCACGGCGCUGCAGCGCCGCCACGGCUACUACAUUUCCUGCGCCAAGUACGUGUACGACGCCAAGGAGGCGGCUGGUGAGACAGUCACCAUCGGUAUGCGGAAGGGCGACCAGCUUGCAAACGGAUCGAAGGACAUUCCGUGCGAGCACAACAUUCGUCACAACGGCACCAUGUAUGCGGCGGCCAACAUGGUCCGUGCACGAGCCUGUGGCAAGCUCGUGCUCGGUGACAAGGCGAACCCUCAGACGACUUUCCAUCUCAACGAGGGGCACGUCACCGACAUGUGUGAGAUCGGCGGGGACCUGCAGUCCCAGCGCGAUGUCCACUACGAGGUCAAGGUGCCUAGCGCCCUCACAAAGACGAGGCAGGCUGGGCAGGGCUCGGCGGCACACGGCGGAUGCUGUGCGUCACUGGGCCACAAGUUUGGCUUCGGCAACACCCUCGACCAAACCUUGCUCAAGGUUCUUGGGUGCAAAGAGCGCGGCCACAAGUCACAGGGCCCGCUCGUCCAUGCGACCGGCAAAGGCUGGGUCAAAGAGCACAAGGGACAGUACUACGACGCGCUCCAUGUCAAGAACGGAAUCGUCAAAAUUUGUCUCGUCGAAAGCCAGGGCGGCAUCGCGCCGCCGACCAAGAGAAUCAUCCACAACUUCGCCAAAGAG